AUGGAUGGCCAUGAGUUGGAACUGUUUUGUCACAGGUUGCCAAAAGUAGAACUUCACACUCAUUUGAACACGAGUUACAGCCCAGAGUCAUUGCGUCAACUUAUAGCCUUGUCUGGUGAUACAUGGGAGCAUGCGAUGGAAGAACUACACAUAUCUUCAGACAGGGAUAUAGAUGAAAGCUUCAAACUAUACACAAAAAUUCAGAAGCUGGUCACAACAGAGAAAGCAGUGUAUCUGUUGACCCGUAGUGUGAUCAAGGAGUAUGCAGCAGACAAUGUCAAAUACAUGGAGCUGAGGUCUACCCCCAAGGAGAUACCUGAGACGGGAAUGAGCCGUGAGUUGUAUUUACGUACAAUGAUACGAGCUGUACGAGAUUGUGAACAGGAAGGUCUAGACAUUAUUGUAAAACUGCUGGUAUCAAUUGACCGCAGACAAGGGGUCAAAGUUGCAGAGAUGGCUGUUGACCUUGCGGAGAAGUUGAUGCAGGAGACAAAUGGACUUGUCCUAGGGAUUGAUUUUAGUGGAGACCCGAAGGUGGGAGAUGCUGCCAACUUUAUUUCAGUGUUUCUUGACGCUGGCAGACGUGGGCUGAAACUUGGCCUCCAUCUGGCAGAGCUGCCCAAUUUUGAGGAGACCAGACGAGUGCUGAAAGCUUGCUGUGAUCAUUGUGUUGUCCGCAUUGGCCACGGUACUUACUUACAUCGAUAUGAUCAGGCCACUGGUCAUGAUGAAGUGGAAGCAUUCGUUGCUGAGAGGAAAAUUCCUAUUGAAGCUUGUCUGACAUCAAAUCUUCGCACAAAGACGGUUGAAAAUCUUGAGCAGCAUCAUUUCAAGUACUGGCUGGACAAAGAUCACCCAGUCAUCCUGUGUACGGAUGGCAAGGGAGUCUAUGCUACCUCCCUGACUGAAGAGUACAUCAAGGCAGCAAGGACUUUCAGCUUAACCAAGCAAAUGCUCAAAGAAUAUGUAAUCUCAACUCUUGACCACAUUUUUGCAAGUGAAGAAACCAGACAGGUUCUACGAGCACGAUUCCAACAGUUUCAGGUUUAA